AUGCUGUCGACCGCUGCCCGCGCGCUCCACACGUCGGCCCGUCGCUCCGCUGCUGCCACCGACGCCGCAUCUGCGGCUGCUGCUGCUGCGACCAAAGUGACGCUCAACCUCACGACGCCGCACCAGGCCUUCUACAAGGACGCGCAAGUCGACCUCGUGCAGAUCCCCGGCGUCGUGGGCGAGUACGGCGUGACGGCCGGCCACACGCCCGUGCUGGCGCAGCUCAAGCCCGGCGUGAUCAAAGUGCACGUGGAGCGCGAGAAGGACGUGCACAGCUUCUUCACGGCCGGCGGCUUUGCGCUCACGCACGCCAACUCGGUCACGGACAUUGCGUGCGUGGAGCUCGUGAAAGUGGACGACAUUGACGCCGAGGCGGCGCACGCGGGACUGGCCACGUACCAGGCGCAGCUCGCGGCGGCGGCCGACGGCUCGCAGGAGAAACUCGACGCGCAGAUUGGCCUCGACACGCACGCGGCUAUGGUCGCGGCCGUCGCGAGCCAGUAG